GUUGAAUUCGGUUGGCGUGUUUUAACGUGAUGUCGCGAGACUUAGUAUGGCGGAUGAUCGGGCGAAAUCUAAGUUGUCUCGUUCUCCAAAAGAAGAUUUCGACCCACUUGAUGCUGACAGAGGUGAUGAUGAUGGUGAAAAAGGGAUAGCAACACCUGUCACCAGAGAUUACCAAGAUGUGGACAAUGAUUCUCAAACCGAUGAUGAAUCUGAGACUACUACAGGUAGAUACGUCAACACACCUCCAGUCAACUUCCGGGUCAGAAAACGUGAAAAGAGUCGCCAUCAAUAUAAAGAAACGAAAGAAAAGUUAGAACUGAAGAAGAGGAUCAAACCUAAAGUGGUUUCUUUGAUCAAAGAAGAAUAUUUAACUGACUCGUUGAACAUGAUCAGCGGCACAGACUCUGAGGACAAUUUUGAUAGGGAUAGUUUUCAGGAAAAGAGAGAUAGAAAACGUAAAGAUAAAGACUCAAAGAAACAGAUAUCAAAAUCUCGAAGUCAAGAGAGGUUUGACAAAAGAAUAUCUGAUGAUAUGACGAACAGAUUACGCAACGCAGCUCCAAAUUUAAAAUUAGAAAUGCCAAUUAGAAAACGGAUAUCAGUGACAUCUAUGAAUGCCAAACCCAUUGCAUGUGUGCCUACCAAAAAUCGUUUACGUAGAGAAGUCUCACUACCACUGGAGUGUUCGCAAGAGAGAUUUACUUUCUCGCAGAUGUUCUCGACUUUAGUUAAACUAGAUGUAAAUCCAACAAAAAAGGAAAAAGACAAAAGUUAUCGAACACAAACAAGUAUAAAACGACAAAUGAGUACAGAACAAGAACUACGUCAAACGGAAAUUAAUCGGGAGUUUAUGUGGUUAGAGUUACAAGCUUUUAUCAAUGCUCGAUCCGUGGAAGAUCAAGACAGUUGGAUCAGUAGGGAAAGAGCAAAAAAUGAAAGUGUUCUCCAAGGUAUUAUGGACUUUAAGGUAAAUCAAAAUACAGAAUGUGUUGAUUCAGCAAAUAAUGAUCCGUUUCAUGACAUAGGUGUAAGACCUCUUUAUCAAGUGUCAAAUAGUGUAUCAGAAUCGUUUCGAGCCACAACAUUAUCUCCAGACACUAUAGAAUGUCAACGAGAUGCUCUAGGCAAAGUAGAAAGUUUGCUUCAUCGGUUGGAUACUUGUGAACGUUUGUACCCUACAACUAAGAGUUUCAACAAGGCCAAUGAACUAUAUGCUGGAGAGUGCUUCGGUCAUCGAGUGAAGAGCUUAAUUCUCUGGUUAAAUAUAACCCGUGAUUUGUGUCAUAAAAUUAAUUUAUUAGGAAAAAUUUUAGGUGUUCAUAAUAUGCCAGAAAUAGAUUGGCCAGUGAUAGAAUAUGACAGUCCACGAAGUUCAUCUUCAGGUACAUUAGAGAGAAACUCUGUGCCCAUUAUUCAGCAAACGGAAGCAUCUACAAGCGAGGACAGUGAUAAAGGGGAUGUAAAUACAGAUGCCGAAACUGUGAUAGGUGAAAACGUUAAUGACGAGUUAGGAUUACUCAGAAAAUCUGUGACUUUUUCUAUAAGUGGUGGCACUAGUAGUGAAAGAUCUUCGUGUGCUCCUAGCCCCACUCCAGAAUCAAACACUGGGCCAGUUGAUACCUCAACGCCAAUAAAAGUGUUGAGGGGCACGAUUGGUUCCUAUGCCCCCUGUCUUUCACGAGCUGCUAGUGAUGCUAGUUUAGACGAGGCCCCGAUGUCACCAGCUUACAGACAUUUUGUUGAUAAAAGUUUGAAAAAGACGGGCAUGAAUAGAUUAUUAGUCAGGUUACGAACUUUACUGGAUAGAUCGUUACAGAGAGCUAGAGAAGCAUUAGAAAGACCGAAAAAUGCUUUAUCUUACGCAGAAAUACUCAAAUCAUCUGGUCAGAAUGACGAUAGAAUGCAUGAUGUGGCAUCCUCACCAACAUUAGAUUUAACAAGCGUGAUUAACAAUGCUGCCUUAUAUAGUCGUAGUACUAGUAUAUCAGAACAUGGUGCCUGGAGUGAAGAAUUUGUUAAGAUGGGUCUACCUUCAUUCCGACCUAGUUAUUUAUUUCUGGUCAGAAUUCCAUUGGAUGUUAUACACGAAUGCUUACGAUUACGUCUGGAACAACGACCAGUAAAUGAACCAUCAUUCCACAGUACCCGUCAGUUAAUGAGAGAAUGUAAAGAAGUAUUACGGGGAGCUGUGGCUGUAAAACAAUAUUAUCAAGUUAUGGUAUCGGCUGUCAUGUGGGAUGAUAAAGAGAUGGAUGAAAAAUUUGCUACUGAUUUAGAAGUAUUUGAUGUUGAUAUGCAAUCUAUAUUAGAGGUUUAUUUUUCAUAUUUACAAAGUUGGAUGAAUCAUGUACAGAAUUUACCUGAAGCUUCCUUAGGUUUGAAGAAUGAUUUAGAAAUAGAAUGGACGUUUACCAAACAAAUAUGUCCUCAUGUUAUCGGUGGUGAGGCAGAGGCUGGAAAAAGAUUCAGUAUAUUAGCUAAUAGUUUAUGUUAA